AUGUCUGCAAGCGAUUUCAUUCUGGUAUCCGUCGGCAUCAUUUAUGUUUCUGUAUCCCUGCUGAGAAUUAUACAAGAGAUCUUCAGGAUGGCAAAGCUGUAUGUAUUUCCAAAAUUUUUUAAACAAGACCUGACAAAAUUCGGAAAAUGGGCCGUGAUUACAGGUGGAAGCUCGGGUAUAGGAAGGCUCACGGCUUUCGAGCUGGCGAAAUCCGGUUUGAAGAUAAUGCUCGUCAGUAACGAAGAGAAGGAACUGAAGACCACCAAAGAAGACAUAGAAGCAAAAUUCGGUGCCGAGUGUUGCUACGUAAUGGCCGAUUUAACUGGUGGAAAUGAAGUACACGACCGUCUUUGGAGCGAAAUCAAGAAUAAAGAUGUGGGAAUUUUCGUCAAUUGCGCCGGAAUUUCCGGUGGAACACCGUGCCAUUUUCUGGAGGAAUCGGUAAGCAACACGUUAACAAUGAUAGAUCUCAACUUACGAGUUGUGCUCGAUACUACUUACAGAAUAACUAAUUACUACGUCAAGAAGAAUAGAGGGGUGGUGGUUAACGUUUCGUCAGUGGCUUCGUCGUUUCCGCUUCCUUACUUCGCUCUUUAUUCUAGUUGUAAGAGAUUCGUGGACCUGUUCACCAAAGCCGUCAACACAGAGUUAACAGACGAAGAUAUAAUACUGCAGUCGCUGACUCCGUGGUUCAUUAAUACUAGAAUGGUGACGGCUAAUUUGAGUACGAGGAAUUUCAACAUGUUCAUUACGUCGUGUGAAACGUUCUAUGGAAGAGGAUUGCCACUAACCACUGAACAACAGUUGUUGAUGGCAUUACGAUUUUAUGCCACCGGAAGCUUCCAGAAGGUAGCCGGUGAUCUUAUCGGAGUUCACGUCUGUCCUGUAUGCAGGUCUAUCAAACUACCAUUAAAUAAAUUUAAAAAGUUUCUUGUAAAAUGA